CCAAUCAGCAUGGCAGUUGCACACACGAAAUUAGUGCAAAUAUUUCGGCUGUUCUUUAAACAAAUCAGCACAAGAAGUGAUGAAACAAUCGAGAUGUCUUUCGAUGUAUUUAACGAUGUAAAGGAGACUACGGCGCCGGUGUUGGUAAUGCACGGUCUGCUAGGGGCGCGCACAAAUUGGAGGAGUCUUUGCGCUCUGUUGCGGAAGCAAACCGAUCCUCCACGUGCCGUAAUUUCGGUGGACGCCCGAAACCAUGGCGCCAGUCCGCAGUCUUCCGAGCACACGUACCCUCUAAUGGCGGAGGAUAUCAAGAGGUUCGUGUCCAAGUUGGGCAUUAAAAGAUCCACACUGAUAGGGCAUUGCAUGGGCGGGCGGGCGAUGAUGUACUUCGCUCUAAAAUAUCCAGAUUUUGUAGAGAAGCUGGUAAUAGUCGAUGUGUCGCCUGUCGGACCAAGUCCAUUCUUAAAAUUGGUACCGGGACUGUUAGAGGCAAUUGCAGCAAUCCCAUUGCCAAAGGACGCGUCGAUAAUUGAGGCAAAACGUGACCUAAAGAGAAUGUUACUCAAGUCCAUUACCAAUAAGGCUUACGUUAAUUUUAUUGUCGACACUAAUCUGAUGAAGGACAAUCACGGAAGUUUGAGGUGGAGAUUUAAUACUCAAGUGCUGUUGGAAAGCUUCGCGAGUAGUCUGGCGGUCUUUCCCAAUAUGAGUCCGUUGAGAUUUGAGAAACCUGCGCUGUUUGUGUCGGGAGGCUUGUCCAACUUUGUUCUCAAGUCGCACCACGCAGAAAUACUGAAACUAUUUCCUCAGGCCGAGUUUCGUGUGAUUGAAGGAGCCGGGCACAUAGUGCACGUUGAGAAACCAAAGGAGUUUCUAGCUGUGUGUCUGAACUUUUUAAACAAGCACAAAUAA